AUGGCCGCCGAGGUGUGUCCCGCAUCGCCAGCCUCACUCAAAGAUCUGCUGAAUACGUUUUCGAAACUAAAGUUGAGCGUGCCAGACACGAAGAACCUCAUGUGGCGACUAGGAGUAGAACUACACACGCUAACCAACGUUGAUGCUCGGCGUAAAGGCAGUGACCGGAUGGCGUACUACAUUCAGGCGUGGUUGGAUAUCGAACUGGCUCCAACCUGGGUAAAGAUUAUCGUCGGGCUCCGACUCAUGAACAUGAAAGGGCCAGCGAAACAACUUGCAGAAAUGGUUGGUAUCGAUCCGAAAACUAUCACUCUUCAGCUUCCAGCGGCGCCACUGACUGACGAACGCGGUGUGAUCGACGUGAUCGAGGCGGCAAUGACGUCGCUAGGUGAAACGCUAUCAAGAGAAGAAAUGCGGGAUCUCUUUCGCAGGCUUGGCGUGACUUAUAAUGUGCUGGACAACAUUGACGAAGAUCAUGACAGUGAUGCUGAACGAGGAAAGUACUAUGCCAAGGCCUGGCUGAACGUAGAGGCUGACCCUUCCAAGGAGCAUAUCAUUUCCGGAUUGCAAAUGAUCAACAAAAUUGCAAGGGCUGAGCAACUAGAAAUGCUGAAGAAAACACUUGGUUCUAGAGAAAAAGUAGGAGCCGAGAUUAAAAACUGA